UAAGGAGUGGGUGCCUCAGAAUCAGGCUGCAAUGGGCAUUGUCUGUGCACAAUGUUCCUUUAUUCUGCUGCUGUCCAUAAUGAGGACUCAUCCACCUCACUUCCUCUUCUGCCCAUUAAGCAGUCGAAGAGCUGAAAGUCCUUAUAAGCCUGUGCACCUGGGCCUGGGCCUGGGCCCUACAGAUAAGGUAGCUGCUAUUGCUAUGGCCCGCAUCAUCGACCUGGUGCCCUGGGACGAUGGUUCCACACAUGUGUAUGCCUCCCCGGCCAUCCUGCUUCCUGUGGAGCGGCGGCGCAACCAGCUGGCGGGCGUGAAGCAGCAGCUCUACCACCCAGCCCUGCCCACCCUGCGCCACAUGGACAGGGACACCGUCAAGGCCUGCCUUCCUGAUGAGCACUGCCAGUCCACCACCUACUACCGCAAAGAUGAGUUUGACAACGCCCAUUUUACACUCCUUGGGGUCCCCAACAAACCCCUGCAGUGUUUGGACAUCACCGCGACAGGCCAGAAGCUCCGCAACAGGUACCACGAGGGAAAGCUGGCGCCCAUCGCGCCGGGCAUCAACCGAGUGGACUGGCCCUGCUUCACGCGCGCCAUCGAGGAUUGGUCCCACUUCGUGUCCUCGGCCGGGGAGUUCAAGCUGCCUUGCCUGAGCAAGCGAGUGGAGGGUCUCAGCGGCUACGCGGUGCGGUACUUGAAGCCGGACGUGACCCAGAGCUGGCGGUACUGCCUCAACCAGAACCCCAGCCUGGACCGCUACGGACAGAAGCCCCUGCCUUUCGACUCCCUGAACACUUUCCGAAGCUUCGGCUCCAGCUACAGUCGUGUCAACUAUCUGACCCCCUGGCAUUAAUCUCUGGAAAGGAGGCUGACUCCCAGGCUGCCGGACGGUGCCACCUCAGGUCCCCUGGCCAGACCAAGGACUUAUGGUGGCACCAGCCAUCUCCCCAGGAGUUCAGCCUAACUAGAAAUAAACCUAAUACUUCCUUA